AUGUGGGUAUCGGGCUCCAUUCUCAAACAUCACACAUGGGAGUGGGACUAUAUUGUCACAGUUUGGAAUCUUAUGAAACAGGUUAAGGACAUGGCCUUUCUUGACCUCGGGUGCAACAUUGGCGCAUUUACCAUUCCUAUAGCCAGGCUUGGGCGGCGGGUUAUUGCGGUUGAUGCGAAUAAGGAAAAUCUGAGAAUGCUCGCGACGUCUCUGCAUCUUGGAGGACUAGAGGAAAAUGUAACUCUUAUAUGGAACGGUGUGUCUAAUGAAACGAAAUAUGUAAAUCUUGUCCCAUCCGAAAGAAAUGUUGGAGGUAUACAAAUAAAACAAUCUGCUAACCAAAAUCCAUUUGACAAGGACAAUACUAUAAUGACGAUACAAUUAGAUGACAUGUUAACAACAUUUGGUUCCAGGCCCUUUUUCAUGAAAAUGGACAUCGAGACGCACGAAGCAAUGGCACUCGGUGGCGCUGGGAAAUUCUUCCAAGAAAUUGACGUACGUUAUUUACUAAUGGAAUGGGUGCACUAUUUGAAAACGAAUGAUACCAAGGAGGGUUCGUUUAUAACCGACUUCCUUUCCGAGAAUUCAUUUCGUCCUUAUGGAGCCUUGGACUUAAAGAAACUGAUGUUAAAAGACGCUUACUUAACAUGGCCAAAUGACAUUUUGUGGAUGAAGAAGUAA